CACUUCCCAAAACAGCCAAGAACAUGUGUACUCAAUUUCUCUCAGUUAGUGUUUAACCAAUUAUCUGUAUAAGGGGUGGGCUGAACUGAAGGAAGGAAGACUGCUAGACUGAGGUUCAGGAAGACAACUUCUGCAGGGUGGCUUCCUGGCUUCUGGGGGCGAGGGAAAGAGGAUAGUGGGACUAGUGGCACUGAACUGAGACAAUGGGAUCUGGCUUCACCUCCAAGGACAUGUAUCUGAGUCAUUUUAACCCUCGAGAUUAUCUAGAAAAAUAUUACAACUUUGGGUCCAGAUGCUCUGCAGAAAACCAGAUUCUUAGGCGUCUUCUGAAAAGUCUUUUCAAGACAUUCUGCUUAGAUGGAGUGAAGGGAGACCUUCUGAUUGACAUCGGUUCUGGCCCCACCAUCUAUCAGCUCCUCUCUGCUUGUGAGUCCUUCAAAGAGAUUGUUGCCACCGAUUACACAGACCAGAAUCUGCAGGAGCUGGAGAAGUGGUUGAAGAAGGAGCCAGAAGCCUUCGACUGGUCCCCGGUGGUGACCUAUGUGUGUGAUCUUGAAGGGAACAGAGUCAAGGGGCCAGAGAAAGAAGAGAAGUUGAGGCAGGCAGUCAAGCAGGUGCUAAAGUGUGAUGUGACUCAGAGCCAGCCUCUGGGUGCCAUUUCGCUGCCCCCAGCUGACUGUCUGCUCAGCACGCUAUGCCUGGAUGCCGCUUGCCCAGACCUCCCUACCUACCGCAUGGCUCUCAGAAACCUCAGCAACCUGCUGAAGCCUGGGGGCUUCCUGGUGGUGGUGGACGCGCUGAAGAGCAACUACUAUAUGGUUGGUGAACAGAGGUUCUCCAGCCUCCCCCUGGGCCAGGAGGCAGUAAAGGCUGCAGUGAAGGAGGCUGGCUAUGUGAUUGAACAGUUCGAGGUGAUCUCACAGAGUUAUUCUUCCAACAUGGCCAACAACGAAGGACUUUUCUUCCUGGUGGCGCGGAAGCUGAGCAGAUCUAUGUGACACCUGUGACCUCAAUGAAAGCAACUCCUUUGACCCGUC